UGGUACCAGCUGGGAAGGGGGCUGUUUGUGGCAACCACACCUGCCCCACAGGAAUAUAAUGGAAUCCUUUAGUUCAUUGUAAUGGCUGUUGGUGCUUGCUGUGUGCUAGUGUGUUUGUAGUAUUUCUGCAAAUUGGUUGUUUCCCCAGAGCAUUAUUGCUAGAGCUUCUCAAUGUCAGCUACGGCAGUUAUGGUGGAGGUGCCCUUGGUCUGAUGCUGUGACCACUUCCAGUGGAGAUGAGCUGGCUGACUCGGCAGGAGGCUGCGUACCAAAAAGGGAGGGUGAAAUGUGCUGCCUGCCAAAGCAGCAGCUGGAGAGAAGGCGACUGGACUGUACAACAUCAGUGCGCACAUGAUUGGUGGGGAAGCGCGAGCCCAGCUUCAAUCCUUGUCAAUGGCACCUCGUUGACUUUUAACACUUCCUUAUCAUGUCUGCACUCACCUCGUAGCAGUACUGAUAAAAUGCCAUCACUGGUGUAAUCUCCUGAGCAGCUCUGCAGAAAAUGCUGCAGAGUAUGAGAGCCUGAAUUGCCUGCAGCCGACAACUGGUGUGGGACUCUGAUCCAGACCACGGCGAGCAACAAACGGAUACUCCUGCGACAGUUCUCCUUACGGGUUCAACUAAGGACCCCUGAAUAUAAAACCACAAGCAACUACUGAGCAGACAGUAAGAAAUGGGUGACUGGAGUUUCUUGGGGAACAUUUUAGAGCAGGUGAAUGAGCAGUCCACUGUCAUCGGGAGAGUUUGGCUCACAGUGCUCUUCAUUUUCCGCAUCCUGAUCCUGGGGACAGCUGCUGAACUCGUAUGGGGAGACGAGCAGUCAGACUUCGUGUGCAACACCCAGCAACCUGGUUGUGAGAACGUCUGCUAUGACGAGGCCUUCCCCAUCUCCCACAUCCGGCUCUGGGUCCUACAGAUCAUUUUUGUAUCCACGCCUUCGCUAGUGUACUUUGGGCAUGCAGUGCACCAUGUCCGCAUGGAGGAGAAGAGGAAAGAGAGAGAGGAAGCCGAGAGGCGUCAGCAAGCUGAGGUGGAUGAAGAGAAGCUGCCCCUGGCUCCAAAUCAAAACAAAUGCAACAACCCUGAUGGGACGAAGAAGUUUCGCCUGGAGGGGACCCUCCUAAGAACCUACAUCUCCCACAUCAUUUUCAAAAUGCUCUUUGAAGUGGGUUUCAUAGUUGGCCAGUAUUUCCUGUAUGGCUUCCGAAUUCUCCCCCUUUACCGCUGUGGGCGGUGGCCCUGUCCCAAUCUUGUGGACUGUUUUGUCUCUAGGCCCACAGAGAAGACCAUCUUUAUUAUGUUCAUGCUGGUGGUGGCUUCUGUGUCCCUCUUCCUCAACCUGGUGGAGAUCAGUCACUUGAUCCUGAAAAGGAUCCGGAGGGCACUGAGAAGACCAGCAGAGGAGCAACUGGGGGAGGUGCCAGAGAAGCCCCUCCAUGCCAUCACAGUCUCCUCCAUCCCAAAGGCCAAAGGCUACAAGCUGCUAGAAGAAGAGAAGCCAGUGUCCCACUAUUUCCCUCUCACAGAAGUAGGGGUUGAGCCCAGUCCCCUUCCGUCUGGCUUCAAUGAGUUCGAGGAGAAAACUGGGAUGGGGCCACUGGAAGAUCUCUCCAGGGCAUUUGAUGAGAGGUUACCAUCAUAUGCACAAGCUAAGGAACCGGAACAGGAGAAGGUAAGAGCAGAGGAGGAAGAAGAACAAGAAGAGGAGCAGCCAGGACCUCAGGAAGAGCCAGGGGUGAAGAAAGCGGAGGAGGAGGUGGCGAGCGAUGAAGUGGAAGGGCCUUCAGCACCUGCUGAACUCGCCACUGAUAUGAGACCCCUCAGCAGGCUAAGUAAAGCCAGCAGCCGGGCCAGGUCAGAUGAUUUGACUGUAUGAGGCUGCAGGAUACGGGGAGCACAUGAAAAGGAAAACGAGGAAAAGAAAGAAGAGAGAAAGAAUCAAAAGAUAUUUUAAGCAAAGUGCUAAAUGGUCAUUUGAAUAUUAUUUCCGCUUGAGAUUCUCAACUGGAAAGGUACUAUCAUGGUAACUGUGCCUUAUUUGCCCUAUAUGUCCAUUUGAAAAGGAACAUUUUCCCUGUUUCCACAUGCCAGCUCAUUCCUUACAGUAAUAUCUACACUGUAAACAUAACUGAUAUCUUUUAAGACCAAACAUAGCAGUGAAACCCAAAUGUCACCACUGUGAAUGUACUUACUGGAAGCUUUGUGUUCCAAAUUUUUCUAGGAAAGUGGGGAGGAUUUGUCUCAUGAGCCAGCUAGGGGGACAGCUGAUAUACGACCAUAUCUAGUAUUUCUCUUUCUGUUUUCACCUAUUGCAUACUGAGCAGAUCUCCCCUUCGCUGUUGGCAUGGAAUUGCAUUUAUUUAAUUUACAAAGUGAAUUCUGUAUUUAGCAUCACCACGCUAUAAUAGUAAGCACUAUUUCCCCUCUCUAUUCAGAAAGCAAAUGCCAAAAAUGUCCACAACUUGUUUAUACAUGCAAAUUUGAGUUAGGUAAAAAUAUUUUCCCUUUUUUCAAAAAUAUUUUUACUCUUCAAGUGAUAGUGACAGUGGGCGAGGUUAACACUAGCUCUCUUCUAGGAUUUAGCAGAUGCCCACAGAUGGAUUCUUUGUUCCCAAGAGGGUCAUCCAGCCCCAAGCCUACUUCAGAGCACUGGGAAGAAUAAAUUCAAGUGAUAUAUUUUUUACUUGCAGUCUUGUGACUUAAAGACCUGAAACUCGAUUUAGCAAAGCAAACGUGGGAAGUUUUCUGUGAAAGGAGGGACAGCUACAGUCCCCAGAGCAUGAAACCAAAUACAAGCCUUCACAGAACAAUCCUGACAUGUGCUCAGUUCCUGGAGCUCCCAGACUUACAGGCACUCAGCAAAUCUCAGGUAUGGUGUCCUGAAGGCACCUGUGAACCUAAACCACAGGUCUGGGUGACUAUGUGACUAUUUAAACCUCUGAAUACAAAACUGGUUGUUCUAGUUUGUAAAGUCUGAUAAGAUAAUAGUCUUUUGACAUCCUUUGUUUUUAAUUUGACAGACCGGAGCCAUCCAGCGGUCUACUUCAACAUUAAACGCCAAAGUCUUGAAUAAAACAAGACCUUUCAAAAGAUCAUUUAGACCUCUUGUGCCAACAGGUCUGUGCAGAACUCUCACAGCCUCAGUAAAUCUUUUUGGUUACAAAAGGCAGAAAAGCAUGUGCUUGCAAAUGUUUAAAUGUCUGUGGAUUUCUAUUUUUACGACUGCAGCAGCACCUUUGGGCUGGGACAGUGCAGAAGUACAUUUAAAAGCUUUAGGUUACCAGCUGUGUCCCUCCUAAAACUGAGCCUCAUGCCAGAAAAGUGCAGGUAUGCACUCUCAUUUGCUCUGCUCUGCAAACCUCAGACCCUGCCAGCUCAGCGAAUUCUUUCUGCUGGGCUGCAGCCCAUUCCAUUGUUCCCAGGGCAGGCCCUAAUCCAGGUCAUGAAAAAAACAGUCUUUGGCACAAUGCAUAAAACUCAUCCUGCCAUUAGCUAGAAAAGACCCCCUGCCGACUCCCAUUGUAGCAGGGCUGACUCAAAACCCACUGAAGUCAAAUGGGUGUCUGAGAUGGAUCUCGGGUGGGCUUGGACUCGCACGAGCUGUCCUGCUCUACUGUGUCCCAGCCCAGGCGACCCCUGGUACAAUCACCUCUGUCACUGAUGUAACCUGCUUGGUGGAGGUCCCAUUCCUUGUUUCGCAGCUGCCAUGUUCUAGCACAAAGGCGGCUGAACUUCACUGAUGUGUGAAGUAAGCUGUACAUAUGUAGAAAGUUUGUAGGGUGCGUUGGGAUUCUUCAGCACCGUAGCGGUGCCAUGUAUUUUUUACACUAUUAAUCCUUUUGCUCCCCUUGGGACUGUGUAUUUUCCCAAGGUUUGCAGCCCGCGGUCAUAAUCUUUGCUCCUUUAAGAAAGGCUGCUAGGUUUUUAAGAGAGACUUUGUGAAGGAAGACUGGAAGGUACCUCCUCAGUUUUGGGAAAAGAUACGGCAAAGCAAGAUAUGUGAAGGAACAUACAGGGGGAGAAUUUGGAAGCUACCAUUUACCCAUUCUCUUAAUACAGAAACAGAAGAACGGUUAACACAAAUGAAAAGCACCUAGCCAAACAAAAAUGAGGAAAGAGAGUUUUUCAGAAGGAAAAAUGCGUUCAGCUCUGGGGCCUCCAACACAAGAAGGACAUGGGCCUGUUGGAGUGAGUCCAGAGGAGGGCCACGAAGGUGAUCAAAGGGUUGGAGCAUCUCUCCUAUGAAGACAGGCUGAGAGAGUUAGGGCUGUUUGGCCUGGAGAAGAGAAGGCUCCAGGGAGACCUAAUAGCAGCCUUCCAGUACCUAAAGGGGGCCUACAGGAAAGCUGGGGAGGGACUCCUUGUCAGGGAGUGUCGUGACAGGACAAGGGGUAAUGGAGGAGGGUAGGUUUAGAUUGGGUAUUAGGGAGAAAUUCUUUACUGUGAGGGUGGUGAGGCCCUGGCACAGGCUGCCCAGAGAAGCUGUGGAUGCCCCAUCCCUGGAGGUGCUCAAGGCCAGGCUGGAUGGGGCUUUGGGCAGUCUGGUCUGGUGGGAGGUGUCCCUGCCCAUGGCAGGGAGUUGGAACUGGGCAGUCUUUAAGGUCCCUUCCAACCCAAACCGUUCUGUGACUCUAUGAGAAGAUUCCACUGUGCCCAAUACUCUACUAGAAUCCUAGAAAGAGGAUCGAAUGCAAAUGAACAGCAAAACCACCACAUUUAUACUAGAUGGGAUGUAUUACCUUUUUUUUUUUUUUUCUUCACAGAGAAGAUAAAAGAGAGUUGUAAUAGGUCUAAGCAUAAAAGAACCUACUCAUUGAAGGGUGUUGGAAACGCUUCCCUGUAGGGAAAAGAGUAACCUGUAACCAUUCAGUGUGAGGUAUCUUCUACUUUCUUCAGAACAUCUGACCCUUCCAGAUACCAAUUUACCAGACUAGAUGAACAUUCCCUCAACCCCCAUUUCCUUCUAAUUACUUGAAAAGUCCUUUUACCUGCAAAAUAUUUUAAUAACCAUCCCUGUUCCUGACCUCUGACAUGCUUAUCUUCAUUAGAUCAUUGGACUACUUAAAGAUGAGUGCUUAUUCAUCGGAGGUUUAUGAUUCAUAAUAUGGCUGUCAGACAGUCCAGUCUUUAAUCAUAACAUGUCGAGUAUGUCAUUCUUUUUCAGUGGAGUGCCUCGGUAGAAUACACUACAUGCAACAUACUGAAUGGACACUCUGUAGUUCUUUCACAGCUGCCGCAGGAAAGCUCAUUUCUUCCUCCAGGUCAUGACAGUGCAAUGAAUUAAGCCAAUGUUUUCCUCCUGCAACCCGUCAGCUGCUUGUUGAUUUCUUUCAAGCCAAUUUUUGAGUGCCCUGCCAGGCUGCUGAAGAAGCUGCAGCUGCCAAGUAUGAGCCACGGCAUCAAAGCAGUACUUCUCAGCAAACUGGGCAGGGAACUAACAGUCAGGUUUUAUGGUGUUCAGCCUCAUCUCUGCAGUGAAAUCACCGUGGGACUGUCAGCAAGUCAUUCUUCCUUGUACAAUCGGGAAUCAUUUUCUACCUCACGAAGAUGAUGUGAGGCUCAAUAUAUUGUGUUAGUAAUAGAAUGGGAGGUCCUUGGAUGGAAGGCCCUACAGCAAAGGAUUAUUUCUGGAUGUGAUAGCAUAUAAAUGUAUUUUAUUCCCCCCUCAGUGAGACAAAUUUAAUCAUUUAUUCAAGAAAUUCCUAGUGAAGUUGCGUAGCAGCCUCAGAGCUAUGGAUUCCGAGUAUUCAAAAAAUAAUUAAGCAAAACAUAUAUAUAUAAAGAACAGGGAAAUUUAUCUUCUUGGGAAGGGGGAAGUCACUGGACAACGAGCCAGGCCUGGAUCAUUUAAAGGUGUGUAUUACCCCCUUGGCUCCCUGUGCUAAUAAAUCAUUAACUGAUCACGUGGCUCUCUGGAAGGAGCACAAGAUGCAAGUGUCAAAUUCACCAAAGGAGGUGAAAGUAGAAGAGAAAGGUAGUGUUAGCUUACAAUAGCAUGUGGGAGUUGGUGUUCUUAGUGUCUAGAGCAGUGGGCCUAGGAUAAUGAUCUUAGAUUUACUUCCAGCUCUGCUACUGACUUGCUGUGAUAAUCACUUUACCUCUCGGUGCCUGUUUUUUCCACCUGUAAAAUGGGUGUAAGAAUUUCCACCUACCUCACAGGGAUGUUGUGAGGCUUCUUUAAUUCUCUUUGUAAAGUAAGUAGGAAUGAUCUGAUGAAAAGCACUGCUGAAAUGUAUCCUUGUUAUUUCCUGCCAGAACUUCUCACUUGGUUAAUAUGACUCCUUGACUAAGAAGGGCAGUAGUCUGAAAAGGUGAACACUGCAUUGCACUGACAACAUUAACACUGAUGUGGAUUUGCCACGAAUGGAGAAGACUCUGUUGACUGCCCAUCCCUUUCUCCCACCUUGGGUUUGGCUUGGCUGUAUGAAGCCAUGGUGACAGUGAGGUUCCAUGGACCCCUCUUGUCCAUCCCAGCAUCAUUCUGUGGCAACGUUUAUGCUUAGAUAAGCCAAUUUCUGGAGGAGGGGGGCAAGAUGGUGGAGCUUUGGCAAUUUUAAGGGCUUCAUAAGGCAUUUGGGAGAGGGUUAUAAAAUGCAUGAUAUUGCUGGGCUUCUGUUUAAAACCACUAAAUGCAAACUCCAAGUGAAUUUUUCAGAAUCUCUGUGGAAGAAACUCUAUGGAAGAGUUUACAAUUGCUUAAGGGAUGCAGGAAAAAACACCCUUCAUGAACAGAAAAACACAUUGUCAUAUUACACUGAUUAUUUCUAAUAAGUGAGAUAGGUACGAAUGAUCUCUUAGCACGGAAAAAACAAUGAAGUACAGAUUACUUCUCCUGUAGGACGGGAGGGAUUUGAGGGGAGUUCUGCUCCCCAGGUCUGUGUGGGUCUGAAAUCUACUUACUGAGGGAGGAAAGUCCAGUCGCUCCUGCCACUCGGUAACUCACUGACUGUGCAGUUUUACAUUGAAAGAGCAACCGUGUCACACAAUGCUGAAAGAAGUGGCAGAUUGCUGGUUUGUAUAGAAAAUGGCUUUUCAGGCUUACAACUGAGAAUAAUCCCAGCCUAAGUGUAGUUUUGUUUAAUAAAGACAGGAAUAUCCAUGAAAACUAGACUAAAGCCUUCCCAUAAGCCUAAGGCUGCUGCGAUAAAAUGGCAUAUGGUGCCAGAUUUCUGGAGGGCCAGGGCUGGAUGAGCAUACCAAAAUCAGGGGAGUCGUCUAAGUAUGGGACUCAUUUAUUUUUUUUCCCCAAACAGAAUGAUAGCACCAUUUCUUAGGUUCUGUGUGUGCUACACCUUUUAACAGGGCUCAGGAAAGGCUUUUUGCCAACACCAAAUGUGAUUAUACAGUUGGGUAGCAACCAUGGCAAAUAAAUGUGUGUUGACUUGCCAAGACAUAGCCUGGCACACAGUUCUUUCCUUGCAACUAGCUUGGCAUACACCUAUUUCAGUAGAACGGGUAAGACUCGUGUCUCUGUCAACAAUGUAAGUUUUUCUCUCAGCAGUUUGUUCUCUCAGCUGUCCUAACAGACAGUUUGAAGCCUAGAGAGGAGAGGGCUAAGGGGACGGGGAGCCCUCAUGGCUGUCUUCAGCUACCUGAUGGGGAAUCACAGGGAAGAUGGAGCCAGACUUUCCACAGUAGUGCACAGCAAAGGGUCAGAGGCAAUGAUCACAAGUAACAGCAAGGAAAAUUUUGACUAAAAAUUCUGACAAGGAAAAAAUUGUUCAGGUGGAGAGGGGUUCAGCAGUGAAACAGGUGCCCAGAGUCAUGGCGGGAUCUCCAUCCUUAGAGUAAGAAGCCUGACUGGUCUGACUUUGAAGUUGUCCCUGCAUUGAGCUGGAGGUUGGACCAGCUGCUUCCUUCCAGUCCGAACCACCUAUCCCACGGGAGGCUGAAAGCUCAGCGAAGCCACUGUGUGGCGAAACAAAUGGUGUGGGGCAUUUUCUGCCUCUCUGGGGUGCUCUGGUAGAGCUUGCUUGGAUUGUCUCAACUGGCAACACCAACUAACCACAGCAGGGGCCAAUGCACAAACACAACCAACCAAUGUUUGGUAGCUAGAGAAGCCCCAAGGGGCCAGAACCAUGUGUCAUGUAACUGGUUUGGAAAGACCACCGCAAAUUAGAAAUAUAUGAGUAAGCUUGCCAACAGAGAAAAUCACAGAAAUAUAAGGGGCUUAGACCUUGCUAGCUCCCUUUAACUUCAGUAUCAACUGUGCCUUUAAAUCCAUCUGAAAGUGUAGAGGACUGCAUUUUACUGUUCUGUCAACAAAAAAAAAAUGUGCAUUUUAAAGCUUGCUGAUCUGUGAUGAAACAGAGCUGAAUAGAAAAGGUGAUUACAGAGCUACUGACAGAACAUUUUGAAAAAACAAAGACUGUUGGCCUUCGCCUUGCUGGAUCCAGCCUAGUCCAGUAAAAGCAAAACAUUUUUUUUUUUUUCCCUAGGAGGAAAGGGUCUAUAUUGCUUGGAAAAAUCAUGGAAUGGCCUACCAGAAAACAUAAGUCAACACAGCAAAGAAUUUAUGGAGAAACAUUAAACAGAAAAGUUGUCUCCUACUGAGUUUCUUUGAAGUCCAGGGGAGAGCUGGAUGGAAAGAUGACCAGAACAAUGAAACCCAGUUUCAUUGGGUUUCAGUGCUCAACAAAUGAGCAUACAAAAAAAUCCUGGACUGCAAGCAGCUGCUGAGCAGAGUCCCUGCAGGAGGGCAGCAGGGAACCCCAGGUUCAGCUCAGGGCACCAGCUGAGGGGCAGCUGCUGACAAAGGCUGAUGCUAAGAGGCCUGUGAGCUCGUAGUCUUAGUACCUCAUGGCAAAGGUAUGGCAAGACAAGGUAAGCAAUGAAUUACCUGCCUGUUACCAGAUCUGGUAUCACUAGAUUUUAAGAAGGUCAGUGACUUUAAAAUAAUUUAACUUUUAAGUCCUGGAUCCUGGGUUUAUCUGGCAGAACCAAGAACCAGAGCUAGUGUAGGCAAAGCUGUUUUCUUUUUUCUUUUUUUUUUUUUUUUUCAAAUCCUUCAACCAGGGUGUAUGAAGAA